UACACCGUCUUCUCGGAGCUCGAGGUGCAGCUCUCCGACGAGUUCGACUUCAUCAAGGAGGCGGCGGCGAUGGAGCGGAUCGGCGCCGCCCUCAGCACCGACCCAGCCACGGGCUCGCCUCGGCCUCCUCCCGUGGUCACGCCGCGCCCCGUCGGAGGGCUGGUGACGAAGCGCGUGCUCGUGAUGGACUACUUGCGCGGCGAGCCGCUCUCGCGCGCCGUCGAGGCGAUGGAGGCGCGCGGCAUCGACCCGGACUCGCCGGAGGCGCAGCUCUUCGGCCGAAAGCUGCUGAGCGCCCUGACCGAGGCGUUCGGCCUCACCAUCCUCGAGGGCGGCUUCUUCCACGCGGACCCGCACCCGGGCAACAUCUUCGUGCUCGACGACGGCCGCGUCGGGCUCAUCGACUUCGGCCAGGUCAAGCAGAUCGGGGCGCGCGCGUCGACGACGCUGGCCAAGGACGAGGCGCAGCUCGACGAGAUCUCGCGCCUCGCUCUCGAGCUCGGCGUGCGGCUCCGCGACGGCUCGCCGCGCGAGGGGCCCGGGCCAGCGGCGACGGCGAUCUGGCUCUUUGACGGCUCGGUCGACACGCUGCCCGGAGGCUUCGACACCAACGAGCUCUCGCCGAACUCGCCGGUCCUCAUCAAGGGCAUCGCCUCCCGCCUCGGCGUCCGCUGGUCGCUGGCCUCGGAGUGGGCGCCGAUCGCGCGCCGGCUCCUCGCUCGCCAGUCCGCGGCGAGGUCGCCGUUCGGCGCACCUCCCCGCCUCCGGAGCAUCGUGCGGCUGCUGGGGCAGUGGGCGGCGGCCAAGCUGAGCGCCGUGGUGCUCGCACUCCCGCCGCCGCUGCGAAGGCUCGUUGCUGCCGUCGCGCUCCGUUGCUCAAAGCGAGGGUCGUCGCCCACUGGUCAGCUCGCCACGCAGAGUUGA